AUGAGAGUUUUAUCGAACUCUUUGUAUAUAAAUUUACUCUUUACACCAUUGAAGGGUUUCAUCAUUCAUGAGAGAGUGGGGGACAUGAUAUCAUCGAGGACAAAAACAGCUUGUUUUUUGACCCAUCAGCAGUAAAUCCACCGCCCUUUCUUUAAAUUUUAGUAAUACCCAAUUCAUAAUUCGAGUGGAAAAAUCAAAAACCCAAGAUUCUUGAAAAUCAUAGAGUGAGACAAACGGCAACAGGGGUUAAGUAAACGAUAAAAAAGCAAGUUUCUUAUAGGGAAGAACACACGGUUGCCAUUGGAAGACUGCAAAUCCGACGAAGUUUUAAUAAUUUAUAUCGAAAUUCUGAUUUGAUGUGGUGAAUUGAAUAUUAAAGAAUCAAGUCAGGAGGAAGAUCGGCUGAACUUUAGGUUUUUUUAUCAGUUUGAUUUGAUGAUCUCAAGAAUUUCAUCGUCUUCAACUUUUCGUUGAUCGUUUCGAAGAAGUUCCCAAUUUCAAGAACAGAGAUUUACUUACCAGGUUUCUUGUUCUUGAGUUGUAAAUAGUGAAUCAGAUUGAUGUACAAUGCAGAGGUCACGUAAAGCUCUUCUUUCAAGAAGAGCUUUGGGAAAAUCUACUUUUGGGAAAAAUAACUUUUAUAAGGUUUCAUUGUCUCUUGCUGUCUUUCUUUGGGGGCUUUUGUUCCUGUUAAAUUUAUGGAUCGGCCAUGGUGAUGGUUAUAGAGAUAAUCCUGAAGAUCUUCCAAAUGAUUUAACAACAUGGGAUGAAUUCAAUCAAGAGUCCAAUAACACAUCUUAUUGUUCAUUAUCAUCAAACGAAUGUCAAUCCACAGGUCUAGAUUCAGAAACCCUAAUUGAAAGUGAUCAAAAGGAAGAAAUUAUAAGUCAAGAUCCUGAAUUUGACCAAAAAGAAUCAAACCCUUUACCAAAAAACCCUUCUAAACCUGAAAAAACAAGAUCAGUCCCUUUAGGACUCGAUGAAUUCAAGAACAAAGCUUUCAACACAAAAACUCGCCCUUCAAAUGGAAAUUCAGUAAGCAUAAUCCACAGAUUAGAACCAGGUGGAGCAGAUUACAACUACGCAUCUGCUUCAAAAGGUGCAAAAGUUUUAUCAAGUAAUAAAGAAGCAAAAGGGGCAUCUGGAAUUUUAACAAUAGAUAAAGAUAAGUACCUUAGAAACCCAUGUUCAAGUGAAGAGAAAUUUGUAGUUCUUGAACUUUCUGAAGAAACCCUAGUUGACACAAUCAAGAUUGCUAAUUUUGAACACCAUUCAUCGAAUCUUAAAGAGUUUGAGAUUCUUGGGAGUUUGGUUUACCCUACUGAAACAUGGGUAAAGCUUGGAAAUUUCACAGCUGGAAAUGUGAAACAUGAACAAAGAUUCUUUCUUAAAGAGCCAAAAUGGGUUAGAUAUAUAAAGUUGAAUCUUUUAAGUCAUUAUGGAACUGGGUUUUAUUGUACUUUGAGUUUUGUUCAAGUUUAUGGAGUUGAUGCUGUUGAAAUGAUGCUUGAGGAUUUGGUUAAUGUUCAAGAUAAUAAAAAGUUUGUGAAUAAAGAAGUUGAAAGUGAUUUAAAAAGGGAGGAUAAAGAUAAUGAUAAGGAUAAUGAUUUGUUUGAUGGAAAUAGAAUGGAAGAUGAGGAGUUUUUAGAGGAGGGUAAAAAUGGAAUUCGGGCAGUUAAGACAGUUGAUGUGCCUGACCCUCUUGCGGAAGUAAGGCAACAACAAGCGGGCAGGCUGCCCGGGGAUAGUGUGAUCAAGAUUUUGAUGCAAAAAGUUCGGCUUUUGGACAUAAAUUUAUCGGUUUUGGAGAGAUAUCUUGAUGAAUUGAACAAUAAAUAUGGACAUAUUUUUAAAGAAAUUGAUGAGGAAAUUGGAGAGAGAGAUGUGAUUAUGGAGGGAAUAAGAACAGAUUUGAAGAGUUUUCAUGAGAGCAAGGAGGCCUUGAGUAAACAGGUUGAUGAUUUAGUUUCAUGGAAAACACUCGUAUCUCUUCAACUGGAUGACAUCACAAAGACCAAUGCUUUCCUCAGGGCUGAGGUGGCAAAGGUGAGGGAGAAUCAAGUACAUAUGGAGAAUAAAGGGAUUGUUAUAUUUCUUGUUGCCUUAACAUUUGGAAUAUUAGCAAUUUCCAGAUUAUUUCUGGAUAAAAUUUUGUUUGCUUUUUAUAGUAAAAAUAGGUCAGAAGAGAGUAGUAGUAAGAUGGCGGAUCGAUCUUGGAUUUACAUGCUUACAAGUUGUACGAUUAUCAUCGUUAUACUCUCCUUAUAAUCAUUUUCUUAUGUUUGUUUUUGUUUAUCUCU